CAUUAACGAAAGGAACAGGCCGUUUCUAAAGAGCAAGCAAGGCAAACGAAACAGUCGAGUUUUAACAGCGGAGUGAGAUGUGCGCGCAAAGUAAACGGCAAACAAAUUAAAGUCACAAAAACAAAAAAAAAUAUAUUUAAUGUGGUCCAAAUAACCGUUAGACAAAGUUGAAAGCAUUGUGGAAAUAAAGCCCAAAUUCACAACAACCUCGUUGCGCUCAUUCGUGGUUGCAGCACUACUCCAGCAGCGAUGUUUCCUUCGACCAAUGCCCGCUGCAACUCUGAGGACUCGCUGAUCAGCUGGUCCAAUCGCAAUGCUGUGGCUCAGCGCAGUAAAAGCGUACCGCGUAUGUAUGGUUGUGUGGAGACCACAGCGGCCAGCACCAGCGCAGCAUCUCAAAUAAAUAAUCCGCACAAUAACUUUGGUCCACACAAUCACAAUCACAAUUGCCGACACAGCAUUGCAUGUGCUGUGGCUGGUGCAGCGGGCAGAAGGGAAAAUGAUGCUGCCUUAUCAGCGUUAAAUGUGCAGCAGCAUUUAAGACAAACUAGUGACAGUAAUGCGGGCGGCAACAACAACAACCAAAAUCAUGGUAGUCAUAUUCCAUACCGUCAGCAUACGCAUCAGCAGCAUCAUGUUGGCUCACCGAACCGUUACAGCUACAGUGGUGGCGCUGUGGCGGGGGGUGUAGGGAGUAGCUCAGGCGCUCUUUUGCAUUUAUCAACAAAUCGACUUGAUCCAUUCUCAGCGCCAACAACAACAGUGGGUUCGUCGUUGCUCGGCGAUAGCAUGACUGAGAUUGUUGUAGACGACUUACGGCAUGCUCACGAGCCUACUUCGGAACUGCUCGACUAUUGCAAACGCAAGUUUUUGCGGCCUUUCAUUAUAGUCCUCUCACUUGUCGGCGUAAAUCCGAUACCAACAGAUACUUCAAAGGUACUAUGUUGCUUAAACUAUACACAGGCUUUGGUGGUAUUGCUGAUACUAUUGUUUGGUUAUUUUCUACAAUAUUUAUGUUCAUAUCGUGGCGAUCGCGGUUUCAUUGCGCACGAUCAAGACCUCACCAACGAUCCCAACUCGAAUGCCACCUACACUGUCGGCCAACUGUUGUUCGGUCACAUUUUCCCCAAUUUACUAAAUCUCUCCAGUUUUAUAUCGGCUGUCAUCGUUUUCAAGAUACUCGAUCAGGAGCAAUUACAAAAUUUGAUUGAGCGCGUGUUUCUUACUACCUUGGAGCCGCGUCAUCUAUGCAAAUUACUCUGGUCAUAUUUGUUAAGUGGUGUGGUAUUGUUGGCCUUUCUUUUCGCGUACACAAUUCCUUCGGUGCUGCUGCAGUCACGCAUCAUACAAGUUAAAUGGUUCACUGGCAUACUGGCGGACUGGGAGCUGGCGACUAAGAUUGUUUUGAUCAUCACGCUUUUUGUGCAGGACUUGGUGGAAGUAAUAAUACUCGCCAACUACUGUAUUCAAUGUUAUUUGUUACGCGUACAUAUUUCCUCGCUGUCACAUAAACUUUUAAUGCACUCCAUUGAGACCACCGACUGGAUGCGGGAGGUUCUGGAAUUUCACAAGCUGCUGGAGCACCUCAAUCGUCAUGCUGCUGUGCCCGUGUGCUUUUUAACCGUUAUGAAUUUAGCAUAUGCCUUUGCUGGUCUAAUAUAUAUUUUCAAUGAUUUGGAUUUUCAUUAUUCCGCAUUGGAAAUAGUCAUUUUGAAUAUUUUCAACGUUCUACUUUGGCUACUACUGGGCGUCAUUCCAUUCGUGUUGGCCGCUUCGGUAACGCAUGCCUGCCAGAAGGCGCAGGCUAAUGGCCAUCACAUUCGUGCACGUCCAUUCGUAUAUCACAGCACGUCAACGGAUGAUUUGAAUUCUACACUGCUGUUUUCCUCGUCCUUGCAAAUGUCGGCGAAAAUCUUUAAAAUGCCAAUUCAACCCAAUUAUUUGUGUUGUGCUCUACUGUCCAUAUCAAUACUGGUUUUAACACUGGGAAUGUGCCUUAAUCCUUCGAUUAUAAGUAUUUUUUAAAAGUGUAUUAUAUAAUUUCAAAUAUGCCAAAUAAAUAAGAAAAAUUA